CGCUUGGGCCUUCGAUUUAGGUUGAGGCGAGAGAGGGAGAGAACCCAAAAGUGACAAAACUAUCGACAGAUGGGGACUAGAGAGGUGUACGAACAGAAGCUCCGGACGGGAAAUCUGGACCACGACCCGACCAUCAACCCUGGCCUCGGCUCAGCUCGAUGCCCUCGUUGUCUCUCUCUCUUAAACCCCAAUUCGGAAAAUGGGGAGUGGACUAUUACUUCAGUCUUACAUGACGCCACCGCCGUGGCUGGCUCUGGGAUUGGUGGAAUGCUUAGUGCAAUUCAUGGUUUCAAUACAGGAAUCCCGUAUGUUCAGAAACAUGUGAAGGGACCGAAGUGGCUUCCUUUUCUUAUUGGGCUUCCUCCACUGCUAAUGUUUUCUGCGGCCAGCGCUGCAUUUGGAGGUUAUGCACUUCCGAAGUUUGCUCAACUCACUGUGACAUCAUAUUAUGCUGCCUCAAGUGCCUCCCAUUAUGGUAUCUCAUUGCUCACCCGACACAUUGAAGAAACACACUUCCCAUGCCCAGCACGAAAGACUUAGAUGAUCAUUUGCAGAUGCAAAAAUCAGAAUUACGCUUCACUUCUUCCAGUUUUGCAUUCAAUCAUGUCUCCGGCCCUACAAUGUGAAUCUUCGUUGAUGGUUUGGUGUUUUUUAUUUAUUCUUCUAUGGACAUUUUCUGUAUCUUUUUUUUUUCUGGAUCAUCACAUUGUGUUUCAUAGUAAUGAAUGAAUUUUAUAUCAGGAAUAGUUGUUCCUUAAGAGAUCUCAGGUCAUAUGUUAUUUGCAUUCAAGGGAAAUCA